UCUUUCCCAGGUUCACCUCCAGCCCUACGAGACAUGUCCUGCUACAACCAGUGCGUGCCCUGCCAGCCAUGCCAGCCCUGUGGCCCAAUCCUGCUGGCCAACAGCUGCAAUGAGCCCUGUUUCAGGCAGUGCCAGAGCUCCACCGUCGUCAUCGAGCCCUCCCCUGUGGUGGUGACCCUGCCCGGACCCAUCCUCAGCUCCUUCCCGCAGAACACCGUUGUGGGAUCCUCCACCUCUGCUGCUGUUGGCAUCAUCCUCAGCUCUCAGGGAGUGCCCAUCUCCUCCGGAGGCUUUGAUCUCUCCUGCACUACCAGCUGCUACUGUGGCAGAACAUGCCUCCCCUGCUAA